GAGGAGGGGCUGGGAGGGAGCGGGCCGGGGUGGGAGGGGGCGGGGGCCGGGGGCGAAGUGACCAGGCGGCGGCGGCGGCGGCUCUGCCGAGAUGACAAUGUGCUAGGAACCCUCGCUCUGUCUUCUGUGCCUCCUCGGCCUGGGUGCCGGCUCUCGCCGCGCUCGCGGAGCCCUCCAGCCCGCCGCUGCGCUAUGAGGUCGCCUCUCCGGGGCUGGUCCAGGCCGGAGCCGGCUUGCUCAGCUUGCGGGGAAGUGUGAAGAGAGAGGCGCGGGCGGGAAGCUGGGCUGCGCGCGGCGCUCGCGGGCCAGCGCGGGUUCCAGGUGAGCGCGGGCUCGGCGCACCCGGCACUCGGCGCACCCGGCAGGCACCUGACUGGCUGAAUUCCGCGAGUGGAUCGCCCUUCCCUCUUCGUGGGAUCUCUGACCACGAUAGCAGAUGCAUUUUGUAGGAGUAUUUUGAGGAUGAAUGUUUGCAAAUCAUUUUGAAAUUGCCAAGUGCCACAUACAUGGGAUGCAUCCUGCUUUCAUCUUGGAGUUCACCCCUGUGGCUUGGAUCUAUCCCAGUUGUGUCUGUCUUCGAUCUCUGUGUUAACUAGAAAUCAAGGAAAGACAUGAGGAGGUUUGUUUACUGCAAGGUGGUUCUAGCCACUUCUCUGAUGUGGGUUCUUGUUGAUGUCUUCUUACUCCUGUACUUCAGUGAAUGUAACAAAUGUGAUGACAAGAAGGAGAGGUCCCUGCUACCUGCACUCAGGGCUGUUAUUUCAAGAAACCAAGAAGGGCCAGGAGAAAUGGGAAAGGCUGUGCUGAUUCCUAAAGAUGACCAGGAGAAAAUGAAAGAACUGUUUAAAAUCAAUCAGUUUAACCUUAUGGCCAGUGAUUUGAUUGCCCUUAACAGAAGUCUGCCGGAUGUAAGAUUAGAAGGGCCCUCAAUUUCUGGGAUUAUUCUCAUUGAAUCUUUAUGCAAGACAAAGGUCUACCCUGAUGAACUUCCAAACACGAGCGUAGUCAUUGUAUUUCAUAAUGAAGCUUGGAGCACCCUCCUUAGAACUGUUUACAGUGUUAUAAAUCGUUCCCCACACUAUCUACUCUCUGAGGUCAUCUUGGUAGAUGAUGCCAGUGAAAGAGAUUUUCUCAAGUUGACAUUAGAGAAUUAUGUGAAAAAUUUAGAAGUGCCAGUAAAAAUUAUUAGAAUGGAAGAACGUUCUGGCUUAAUACGGGCCCGCCUUCGAGGAGCAGCUGCUUCCAAAGGGCAGGUCAUAACUUUUCUCGACGCACACUGUGAGUGCACGUUAGGAUGGCUGGAACCCUUGCUGGCAAGAAUAAAGGAAGACAGGAAAACAGUUGUAUGCCCUAUCAUUGAUGUGAUCAGUGAUGAUACCUUUGAAUAUAUGGCUGGGUCAGACAUGACUUAUGGAGGUUUUAACUGGAAACUGAAUUUCCGUUGGUAUCCUGUUCCCCAAAGAGAAAUGGAUAGGAGGAAAGGAGACAGAACGUUACCUGUCAGGACCCCUACUAUGGCUGGUGGCCUAUUUUCUAUUGACAGAAACUACUUUGAAGAGAUAGGAACUUACGAUGCAGGAAUGGAUAUCUGGGGUGGAGAGAAUCUUGAAAUGUCUUUUAGGAUUUGGCAAUGUGGAGGCUCAUUGGAGAUUGUGACAUGCUCCCAUGUUGGCCACGUUUUUCGGAAGGCAACCCCAUACACUUUCCCUGGUGGCACUGGUCAUGUCAUCAACAAAAACAACAGGAGGUUAGCAGAAGUUUGGAUGGAUGAAUUUAAAGAUUUCUUCUAUAUCAUAUCCCCAGGUGUUGUCAAAGUGGAUUAUGGAGAUGUGUCAGUCAGAAAAACACUAAGAGAAAAUCUAAAGUGUAAGCCCUUUUCUUGGUACCUUGAAAACAUCUAUCCGGACUCCCAGAUCCCAAGACGUUAUUACUCACUUGGAGAGAUAAGAAAUGUUGAAACUAAUCAAUGUUUAGACAACAUGGGCCGCAAGGAAAAUGAAAAAGUGGGUAUAUUCAACUGUCAUGGUAUGGGAGGAAAUCAGGUAUUUUCUUAUACUGCUGACAAAGAAAUUCGAACCGAUGACUUGUGCUUGGAUGUUUCUAGACUCAAUGGCCCUGUAAUCAUGUUAAAAUGCCACCAUAUGAGAGGAAAUCAGUUAUGGGAAUAUGAUGCUGAGUUCUCUUUGCUUAGCAGAAUGAAUUGGUCAUCUUUGCUCCGUUUUCCAAUCAUGAAAUGGUCGGUGACUGAUUUAAAGAUAAAAAGGAAACUUUACUCUUACAAGAUAAAUAAUACGAUAGAGGUAAAUGAAUUUCACAGAUGAAGUAUUCUAUGCAAGCAUAAAAUACUUUGCAAGAGUAACAUUUUAAUAACUAUUCUACAGAGUUGUUGGUAUUAUUGUUAUUUUAAUAAGACCUUCUUUUUAACUGAAUUUGAAUUAAAAAUGUCAAUUUUUGAAUGUCAAUUUAAUUUGCAUGAUAUUGUAGUUUCUUAAGUGGAAUAUCAGGAAAACAAUGAAUUCUAGUGUGAUUUGAAACUUGUUAUGUAGGGUUAAAAUUGGGCCCUAAAAUUCAUACAAAAUUAUCAAGCUCCUUGGACUUCAAAUAUUCUUCUUCUGGGACAAUAUUAAAGACAAAUACCCUGACUCCUUCUUAUAUUGCACCAGUGUGUUCUAUUCAGACUCUUUUGUAUUCCUAAUACCUUAUUCAUCUUGUUUGACUACCAAUUUUUUCUCUUCAAUUGUUAUCAUCCAUGACCACCCUUUAUGUUAAGACUGGGGGUGAAUGAUAUUUCCUCCAAUAACACAUGUGAGUAAUCCUAAACCCUGAGCUCCCUACCUCUUCAAUGAGGAAAAGUCCAUAUAAAGGUACAAAUAAAUGAGAAACACUGUGAGUUUUAAAAUAAAAAAUUUGUUGUUGUUGUUGCUCCUUAGAUUUUACUAGGAAAUGAGGACUUUAUUGGGCUUGUGCUAAAAAACAAUGGCAUCUAGCAUAUAUUGAAAGGAAAGGGAAAUGACUGUACAUAUUUUUUUUAAAAUGAAGCAGUACAGAAUUUCAGAAUACCACGUCUAAUCUUUAUACUUUUCUAUAAUUUUUGAGUGACAAUAGGUUCUAUAGUCAUAAUUGAAAUUUAUUCAUAUUUGAAAUAACUAUUGUUGAUCAUUUGAUAUAUAUUUCUUUGUAUUUUCAUCGGCUAGUAACAAGAUUAUGGAAUAUUAAGGGAUUUUGAAAGCAAAGUGAAAACAAUAGGUAGCUUCAACUAAGAUACAGUUUUUUGUAACUAUUUUGAAUAACAAGUAGUUAUCUAUACAAUUAUUUUUACAGCAUUGUAAUAUUUUUGUCAUGCAAACUAUUUCUAAAACACAUGCCCUAAAACUUAUAAUAUGCUAUAAAUGUUGAGAAAUGCUUAUUUUUAAACAAUCUGAUGUUAAUAAUUACGUAACAUAGUUUAAUUUACUCUCAUAUGUUUGUUUUCAAAAUUAAAAUUAAGGUGUGAUGUUUGACUUGUCUAAAUUUAAAUCAUAAUGCAGAUUUUUUUUGCCAAUUAAAAAUGUAGAAAAUCAUAAUGUUCUCAUUAUGUGUCUUCUCUAGAUACAUAAAAAUAGAAUAAUUAUAGAAAUAAUACACUGCCUUUCUGGAAAUAUCAGCUUUGAAAGAAAACACUGAUUUUAUUUGUGAAGAAGUCAGGAAAAAAGAUUUUUUUUAAUGAAAUUGAAAUAUGGUAUUUAUUUUUUAUAAUUACCUUUUAAGUUUUAGGUUUAUGAUCACUUUCUUCUACAAAAUAGUCUCCACCGCUGCUACCCAGAUGUAGUACUUGGACUACUGACAUCACCUGGAAACUUGUUAGAAAUUAGGAAUCUGAGAAACUACCCUAGACACACUAAAUCAGAGUCUGUAUCUUAACAAAAUCCUCAGGUCAUUUAAGUACACGUUAGUCUGAGAAGGACAGGUCUAGACAGUAGCCAAACUUCUGCUGUCUUGUCUUUUUUAAAUGCACUGUUGAAAAAUAUUGCAACACUAGGAAAAGGCAUAAAUUCAUUUUGGAAAAUGACGAGGCUUCUAGGAGAGAUGGAGGAAGGAAAUGGAGCAACAGGGUAAGAGGUGCUGAAAUAGGAAAGGGGAGUAAUAGCCAAGCAGCUCUAGUUUCAUAUUUCAACCAGUGAAAAGUAGAUGAGUGACACUUGUUACUUCUUUAAUUCAUUUCUUUAUCUAUGACUAUCAAGGGCAAAUUUACUCUUCCCUGAGAGACCUCUGAGGUGGUGCACUUUCAAAGCACAAUGAAACUUGGUAGCAUUCUCAGAAUUACAGAGCUGAAAUUUACCUUAAAGUUCUCUUCCUUUAUCAGGAGGAACCUAAAGUACAAAGAUCACACCAAGCUGCUGAGGCAGGAUUUGGGUCCUAAUAAAGUAUUAAAAGAAAGCCUGUUAUGGGUAUAAUUGUGAAUCUCGCACUGUGAACAAAUGAAAUAUUCCAUUACCUUAUCUCCCAUAGUCCUUUCAAUCUUAAAAAAGCAAGUCAUAAAUAGGAGCAGAAUUGUUGGAAUAUCCAGAGGAAAAAUAAAACAGUAUCAUAAAGCCUUAAAACAGCUGCUUUUGUUUGUUUAGUUCUUAGACGGGGGUGGGGGGGGAUAGAAAGAGAAGGAAAUAAAGUUUACGGAGUGUCUUUAAUUUUAUCUACUUUCUCACACAAUUCUUACACUAGUCCUAUAAAGAUAAUAUAUUUGUAUUUUUCACAUUAGUAAAGCAGAGCUCAGUGUGUUUACAUUCCUUGUCUAGAUCUGUACACCCCAGGUUUUUCUAGCACUAAAUUCAGCAACUUGCCCAAUACACAACAUUGCUUCCUGAGGUCAUUGAAAAAUCAGAUAUAAAUAGAUGCUUUCAAAUGAUGGCUGAUGAUCUGAGAAGCUAAAUGUACAGUAUUACAAGUGAAAGAAAUGGUUAAAUACCAUCCAUUAUUUGUGGUACCAACUUUUAUUCACAUAGAAUUUCUCCUUUCCUUAACAAUUAGAAAAACAUACUGCAAUAAAUAUCAUCUAUUUAGAUAAAUGGGCAGUCAUAAAAUUACUGUGAUUGCUUACAAACUUUAGCCACACAUAUUCAUAAUAUAAAUUAAUAGUUUCUCAUUCAUUUGAAUGAAAUUAAGCACAUGUUGGUAAUAAAUAUGUCUUUGUCCAAUAUUGACUUGAAAUAUGGAGUUUCUGAUUUCUUAACUAAAUAUUUCUUAAACACAACCAUGCAUUUAAUUCAAUAUUACCUUAUACCUGGCCAAAUGUAUUCAUUUUGGGGGCAUCAUUAGCAAAACAGGAAGAUCCCCACCUUAUCUAGAAUCUUUUGAAUAAAUUACUUGAAUACUUUGGUGCUAUGAAAGCCCACUGCCACAAAGUUAAAACAAAAGAAAAGAAAAACCCUCAAUUUCAUCUCUCCGAACUAUUUUACAGAUUAAUUUUAUAAAGGUCUGUCAUCCAUCCAUUUUGUUUUAUUCAAGUUUUCUGAUAUUAUUCUAUUUCAUUGCAGCUGUGUUCCAAUCCAUUUGAAAUUUACAUUUUACUGCAAUAAGUGCACAUAAUCACAUUGCUUUUUGAAUAUCCAGGCAGCUACAUACAGUCUGAGAAUCUAAUUUUAGAACAGAACAUUUACACUCAACAAACACUAUGCAACAAAUGAAAAAAAAAGAAAGCAAAAUAUGAUGCUAAAAAUAAGUCUUGUUUUUCAUGUGACUGAGCAAGUUGACUAAGAAAAUACUUGUUAUGAAUUAGAUAUCCAUCUGUAUCAAAUGUUUCUCAUAGUCAAUAUCAGGAAUUUUUUUUCAGUAUAUAAAAUAUAUGGGAUUGAUCAUAGAAGCUUAUAUUUAGAUUUUACUUAAUACCUCCUCUUUUAUUUACCUU